GAGUUGCAGAAGUUGCUGGUUAGGAGGUCAGUGAAGAAGGUGGCAGAGGCAAGGGCAGAAAUCAUCCUUCACGUUGAGUGUGACCAGCUUGCUCAUAUGCAUGAUCGCGAUCCCAAGGUCAUCUGGGAGACGCUCGCCCAAGUUCAUUGUGCACGUGGCCUAGGUACCAGGAUGGCAUUGUGA